AUGGAAGAUAUUUUUCAAUGGUGUCGUGAAGGAAAUGCUAUGCAAGUGCGUGUUUGGCUGGAUGACACUGAACAUGACAUGAACCAAGGUGAUGAUCAUGGAUUCAGUCCUCUUCACUGGUGCUGCAAAGAGGGACAUUUAAAAUUGGCAGAGUUGCUAGUUACCAGAGGAGCCCGCAUUAAUGCUACUAACAGAGGAGAUGAUACUCCUCUUCAUCUUGCUUCUGCACAUGGACAUAAGGAAAUAGUCCAAUUGUUACUUAGGAAUCGUGCUGAUGUUAAUGUCACAAAUGAGCAUGGUAACACUGCCCUGCACUAUGCAUGUUUUUGGGGACAUCAAGCAGUUGCUGAAGAGUUAGUAGCUGCUGGUGCUCUUGUAUCUAUUGCAAACAAAGAUGGUGACACUCCUUUAGAUAAAGCAAGAGGUCUUCUGGCUAAGAGAUUACACGACUUGGCAGUAGAAAAUGGACAAGAUUUAAAGAAAAUUCAAUUUAAGGACCAAAGUUGGCUAGGUCUAAAAACUAGAAGCCGUGAUGCAACAUUGUCAAGGCAUAAAGGAAUAAACAUGACAGAUUUAUCUUUACGCAUUCAUUUAGCUAGUACACCGAGUGGUGAAACUUGGCGAGGAUAUUGGCAAAAUAAUGACAUCGUCGCAAAAAUUUUGAAUAUACGCGAAUGUACGGCCCGAAUAUCAAGAGAUUUUAAUGAAGAAUUUCCAAAAUUAAGAAUUUUUUCACAUCCUAAUGUGCUGCCCGUUCUUGGUUGUGUCAAUCAACCACCGCAAUUGGCGACUGUAUCACAAUAUAUGGCGCGUGGUAGUUUACAUAGGCUUUUACAUGGAGGAACAGGCGUUGUUGUUGAUACUGCACGUGCACUUAUACUUGCUCUUGAUGUUGCCAGAGCUAUGGCAUUUCUUCACGGUCUCGAAAGACAAAACAGAUGUAGAUUUCAUCUCAAUAGUAAACAUAUUAUGAUUGACGAAGAUUUGACUGCUCGUGUAAACAUGGCGGAUUCGAAAUUUUCGUUCCAAGAAGUAGGUCGCAUUUACGAACCAGCGUGGAUGUCUCCAGAAGCUUUGAAUAAACGUCCAGCUGAUAUUAAUCUCGAGGCCAGUGAUAUGUGGAGCUUCGCUGUUUUGCUGUGGGAACUUGCAACCAGAGAAGUUCCAUUUGCAGAUCUUUCACCAAUGGAGUGUGGCAUGAAAAUCGCAUUGGAAGAUUUACGUGUUAGUAUACCACCGGGAAUUUCACCGCAUCUUGCUAAGCUUAUUAGAAUUUGUAUGAACGAAGAUCCAGGAAAACGUCCAUCUUUCGACAUGGUCGUCCCUAUACUGGACAAAAUGAAACGUUAACUU